AGGUGAUGGGCUACAUUUGCUGCUCUUCAAAUUGUUUUACUUUGGAGAUAAGACCUUGAUUUCUUUGUUACUAAUGGCAAACACUUCUUGCUCCAUUGAGUUGGAACCUAAGACACUCAAUCAAGUGCAGCUCACCCAAGCAAGGGAAGUAGCUGCAGAAGCAGUUCAAAAGUUGGAACCAAAUGAAGCAUCAACUCUGUUCAUUAAGGGACUCAUGCAUCCAAUAAAGGAGGUGACGUAUAUGGAUGAAAAUGGAAGCCAAGUUGAUUACAUGAAGAAGGGUGAGGCUAUCCCUGACGACAAAGUUUGCCACUGCCAAUGCUCAUGCACUACUCAAACCCCAUUUCAUAUUAACCUAAAAGAGCCCCUUUCAGCACCAUUUUGA